AUGAGCUUCAAUAAGAAUAAUCCCAACCCCAUGGGGAAGAUUAUGGGCUACCUAAAGCAGCUCUCCACAGAAAUGUUAGGAAAUGAAUUACGCGAAAACGCUAUGGCAUGCCGAAAGCUCUGGAAAGUUACGACCGCGCAACCCGCUGCGUGUCUUGUGCUGAGCGUGCGGUCGAUUCUAUCCGUUGCCUGGCAACCACUAUCGAUAUCCACAACAGCAGCGAUAAACAAAAAUAAACAAAGAGACUACAACUCCAUCCAUAUCACUGGAGAAAAGGACGCCAUCUACAUUAAAUUUAAUCCAACAUUCAGGCGACAGAUAAUGAUGUGA